AUGGAUCAACCUGUUAGCAAUUCGAGUCGUUCAACAUAUAGAGGCUCGCAUAUAUUUAGUUUUGCUGCUAAACGUACUGGUCUACCGAUUGAUCAAUUCAAUUUUCUUACUGCUGAAAUAUUGGCAUUAAUUUUUGCUAUAUGUUUUCGAAACUAUUUACCACCUAAACCGAAUAAUUUACUUAAAAGACAUCUAAUUGCAAGUCUUCUUGGCAUUGCACUUGGUCAACUUUGUUUCGGUUCACAAAUAUGGCAUUUAAUUUUACAAUCAUGUAUUUCAUAUUUAAUGCUUUGUAUUAUUCCUCGAAAACAUUCCUAUAAAGUUGUUUUCGUUUUUUGUAUGGCCUAUAUGAGUGCUAUUCAUAUUCAUCGUAUAAUAUAUGAUUAUGGAAAUUAUACACUUGAUAUAAGUGGACCAUUAAUGAUUAAUACACAAAAAUUAACAGCACUUGCUUUUGCAUUUUAUGAUGGUUAUCGUUCACAACAACGUGCUAAACGUCGUCGACCUGAUGAUGAUAAAGAUUGUUCACCAUUAAAUGAUGAUCAAGAACAACAAAAAAUUGUUGAUAUUCCACAUCCAAUUGAAUUUUUAAGUUAUGUUUUUUAUUUUCAUGGAAUAUGUGUUGGUCCAUUAUGUUUUUAUAAAGAUUAUAUUGAUUAUAUUGAAGGACGAAAUUUACUUGUUAUACCAACAAGUACAAUACAACAAACAGAAACACAAGAUAUAUCGGAUGAAUAUCAUUCUGAAACAAUGCAACCAUCAAUAUUUUGGCCUGUAUUUAGUAAACUUUCUCAAUGUGCUCUAUGGGGUUAUAUACUUUUGCAAUUUACACCAUAUUAUACAAUUGAAUAUAAUUUAAGUAAAGAAAUGGUUAAUUCACCAUUUUUUCAACGAUUACUAUAUUUAUUAUUUUCAACAUUUUGUAGUCGAGCAAAAUAUUAUUUUGCAUUUAUUCUAUCGGAAGCUGUUAAUAAUGCUGGUGGUCUUGGUUUUAAUGGUCUUGAUGAAAAAGGACGACCAAAAUGGGAUCUUUUAACAAAUAUUAAACCAUUCAAAUUAGAAACAGCUACAAGUUUAAAAGUUGUUUUAGAUUUAUGGAAUAUGCAAACGGUUUUAUGGCUUCGACGUAUUUGUUAUGAUCGACUAGGAAAUUGGCGAACAAUAGGUGUUUUUGUACUUUCUGCUAUUUGGCAUGGUUUCUAUCCUGGUUAUUACGCAUGUUUUGUUUUGGCUGCUUUUGAAACAUAUGCUGGUCGUGGUAUUCGUCGUCAAAUUCGUCCAUAUUUUCAAAAGAAUGAAAUAUUAAAAAUUAUCUAUGCAUGUAUAACAUGGAUUGGUACUCAAAUAGCAUUAAAUUUUGCUGUAGUACCAUUUGUUUUAAUGGAAGUUGCAAAAGUUUGGUAUUUUUAUAAAACAUGGUAUUUUAUUGUACCUAUUACAUCGGUUAUACUUUCAUUAACAUUACGUGGAGCAAGACGCACACAGACAGAUGUAGACAGAUGUUAUACGACAUAA